UCUCGAGGUGAAUCCCCGCUGCCUCGAUUUUCUUGAGAUAGCGCUACGCUCCGUCACGAAUCUCGACGCGGCGGCGGCGGCGGCGGUCGUCGGUAGCUGUCGUCCGCUGAUCCCUGAAGCUCCGGUGCCACCUAGGACGACCGGAUCUCCGAGGAGAAGAGGCGGAGGAGGAGGAAAUUGGGCGGGGAAAGAUCGUGCGGACGUUGCUAAUCGAUAACUAUGAUAGUUAUACUUACAACAUCUAUCAAGAGUUAUCAAUCGUCAAUGGAGUGCCACCUGUUGUUAUUCGCAAUGACGAGUGGACGGUGGAGCAUGUUCUCUAUAUGUUGUAUGAAGAAAAAGCGUUUGACAAUGUUGUCAUAUCACCAGGGCCUGGUUCACCGGCAUGCUCAAGAGACAUAGGAAUCUGCUUAGAGAUACUUCGUAAAUGCGAGGAUAUUCCGAUAUUGGGUGUUUGUCUUGGCCACCAGGCUUUGGGAUUUGUUCAUGGUGCUAAAGUUGUCCAUGCUCCUGAACCAGUUCAUGGACUUUUAAGUGAAAUUGAGCACAAUGAAUGCGACAUUUUUCAGGGUAUCCCCUCAGGAACAAAUUCUGGAUUUGAGGUUGUGCGGUAUCAUUCACUUGUAAUUGAUGCAGACUCGCUUCCAAAGGAACUCAUUGCUGUAGCAUGGACCACCUCUAUUGGUGCAGGAAUAUCAAAUGUGAAUGAUGUUAAUAACUUCAACGGAAGAAAGGUUCUUAUGGGAGUCAAGCACUUAGAUAAGCCUCAUUAUGGUGUGCAGUUUCACCCCGAAAGUAUUGCUACUCGAUAUGGAAGGCAAAUGUUUGAAAAUUUUAAACAGAUGACAGUUGGCUAUGGGUUGAGUCAUCCUCACAUCAAGAAAGAAAGGGUGCAGGUGUCUUAUGCAUGUCAAUCGUCAGGACAUCCGAAGAGACAGAUAGUACAUAGAAAAGAAGCCACAGAAUGCCACCUGCAUAUAUGCAACAAUCGACAAAUUGCACUUAAGAGUUUCAACGUCAAGCAUAUCAGAUUGCAGUGGAAAAAGAUUGAUUGCUUGGUGAGUCAGGUUGGGGGUUCACACAAUAUUUUCUGUUACCUAUUUGGUGAUGAGAACGCUGAGGACACGUUUUGGUUAGAUAGCUCCUCCACUGAUCAGGGUAGGGCACGCUUUUCAUUCAUGGGUGGUAGAGGAGGAUCUUUGUGGAAGCAGUUAACAUUUAGACUUGUUAAUCAGAGCAAACAAACGUCCAUGGCUGGAGGCUACUUAUCAACUCAAGAUGGAAAAGGCCAUGUGAAGACAGAAAUUCUUGCAGAUGGUUUACUUAAUUUCCUAAACAAGGAACUUCAAUCAUUCUGCUAUGAUAAAGAAGAUUAUGAAGGAUUGCCCUUUGAUUUCUUUGGUGGAUUCAUAGGCUACUUUGGGUACAAUCUGAAAGUUGAAUGUGGCGCAUCAUCUAACAGAUACAGCUCAAAAGCUCCUGAUGCAUGUUUCUUCUUUGCAGAUAACCUUGUUGUAGUUGAUCACAGCAAUGGUGAUGUGUAUAUCCUUUCCAUACAUGACAUUUAUCAUUCAGUGUUGGAUGAAACUGAGAAAAGGCUUCUCAGGUUAAAAGCUACAGCUUCCCAAAGGCUGAAUAAGAAAACAUCACAAAGAGGAUCGCAUAUUUCAUUUAAGAAAAGCUUUGUUGUUGAGAAAUCGAGGCAACAAUAUAUCAAAGAUGUCCAGAAGUGUCUGAAGUUAAUUAGAGAUGGAGAGAGCUAUGAGCUGUGUCUUACAACACAAAUGAGAAAGAUAAUCAAAGACAUAAAUUAUCUGAAACUCUAUCUUAAUUUAAGAGAACGGAAUCCAGCCCCAUAUGCAGCCUGGCUAAAUUUUUCAAAGGAAAACUUAUGUAUUUGCUGUUCCUCACCUGAAAGGUUUCUAAGGUUGGAUGGGAAUGGUAAACUGGAAGCAAAACCUAUAAAGGGAACUGUUGCUCGUGGAAGAACACUCGAGGAAGAUGAACAUCUUAGACUUCAGCUGAAAUGCAGCAAGAAGGACCGAGCUGAAAAUCUUAUGAUAGUGGAUCUUCUGAGAAAUGACCUUGGCCGAGUUUGUGAACCUGGUAGUGUCUCUGUGCCUCACCUUAUGGAGAUAGAAUCAUAUGCAACUGUUCACACAAUGGUUAGUACAAUUCAAGGACAGAAGUCAUCAAACAUAAGUCCAGUCGACUGUAUAAGAGCUGCAUUUCCUGGAGGUUCAAUGACAGGGGCACCGAAGCUAAGAUCAAUGGAACUUCUUGAUUCACUUGAGAACUCCUCUCGUGGUGUCUACUCAGGCUCUAUUGGAUUCUUAUCAUAUAAUCAGACCUUUGAUCUCAAUAUAGUGAUCCGGACUGUCAUUAUUCAUGAGGGUGAAGCCUCAGUUGGAGCUGGAGGGGCGAUUGUUGCUCUUUCAAAUCCAGAAGAGGAGUAUGAAGAAAUGAUGCUGAAAGCAAAGGUACCAACUAUGGUUGUUGAUGAGUAUACUACAAGUGUAGAUUCCUUGGGCAGAAAUGUCGAGGUGGCAAUUUGAAAGAAGCAAGACUUUGAUUAUUGUGGAUGAAUUUUCAAGAAGGUCGUGUGAGAGGAUGGUGGAAUAUACGCAUACUUUACAUAGGAACUAAAUGAUUAAAAGACCAAGCAUCAAUAAUGAAGUCGAUGUGUACAAUGGAGAUCGUUGGAACAUGGAUGAUGCAAUUUAUACACCUGAACUAGCGCAUUGGUUUGCAUUCUUUCAUUAUAUUUACGUGUAUUUCUGAUUGUGUUCUGGCAUUGCAAUAAGGAAGAUUGAAGCCUUAAUGUAUCUUUAUCUGACAUCUUGAGGUCAGAGAUUCUGAGUAGUUGAAUGGCUGAAUAUACUGCCCUCGUAAUCAAGUAUACUCGU